UUUUGUUGGUCGGGGACGUCUCUCGUCCCCGUUCCCGCUUCUUUUCCCCAGUGGGAGCAAUAAAGCGGAGCAAAAGAGGGCGAAACCCACGAGCCCAAUCCCACUCAUCAGUAGCGUUAAUGGAGUAGUGGGGGAGAGAGAGAGAGAGAGAGAGAGAGAUACGCAGGGAGAAGAGGAGAGCGUGGGAGCGAGAACGAAGGCGAUGGCUGCGGCGGCGGCGGCGGCGGCGGCGAGGACGGGGACGUUCGACGGGGCUAACGUGUUCCUGUCGCGUAGCCUCGUCCCCCCGGAGGUGUUCGACGCGCUCCAUGACGCCCUCAAGCUCAACGGCGCCCGCGUCUUCCUCUGCUGCGACCCCUCCCGCAACUCCCCCUCUGACUACCACGUCAUCUCCUCCCCCGAUCACGAGAAGUUCGCGGAUCUUAGAGCGAAGGGUUGUAAUCUACUUGGACCACAAUGCAUUCUCACCUGCGCAAAAGAACAUCGAGUUUUGCCUAAAGAAGGUUACACAUGUUGCCUUGCAAUGGAUGGAGUUAAAGUACUAGCAUCUGGAUUUGAAAAAGAUGAGAAGGUUAAGAUUGAGCAGCUAGUGACUGCGAUGGGUGGAGUAUUACUUACCAAGGCAUCUCUGGAUGUUAAUUUUGUCAUUGCAAAAAAUGUUUUGGCUGCCAAAUACAAAUGGGCCUUAAAUGUUCUCAAGAAACCGAUUGUCAAUAUGAGCUGGUUAAAUCAGUGCUGGACUGAGCACCGUCUUGUACCUCAAGAACCUUAUAGAGUCCUUCCCUUUUCUGGAUUAACUAUCUGUGUCACUAGAAUCCCUGCAGAUGAGAGGAAGGAGCUAGAGAAAAUGAUUCUGCAGAAUGGUGGAAUUUAUUCAGCUGAUCUUACGAAGAAGUGCACUCACCUAAUUUCAAACGCUGCUGGAGGUGACAAAUACACGGUUGCACGAAGAUGGGGUCAUAUUCAUAUUGCUAAUCGCAGAUGGGUUGAUCAAUCUAUUGCUAGAAGAGCUUGCCUAGAUGAGCGCUUCUACCCCAUUAAUGAAAAUUCAGCUUCCUGUAAUGACAUGAAAAGUACUCAGAAGGAACAGCGAUAUCAAGAGAACAGCAACACAAAUUUUCAACCAGCCCCCUCAUCAUUAAGCGAGGAGUUAGAAGCUACCUUAUCACAGAAUAUAUCUACUUCAUAUUCAGAUGCUUCUAGGAUCAACACCCAAAGUGUUGAAGCGCCAACAUUACAGAAGAUGGAUGAAGUGAAUUAUAAUUCACGCGUUGCUGAAGACUCUGAGACAGAAGAUAAUGACCUAUAUUUAUCAGACUGCAGAAUUUUCCUUGUGGGUUUUGGUGAAAAUGAAUUAGCAAAAUUAGUGGGAAUGAUACGAAAAGGUGGUGGUUCUCGAUAUAUGUUGCUAAGUGAAAAGCUAACACAUAUUAUCGUGGGCACACCUUCAGAGGUUGAAAAGAAAGAGGUAAGGCGACUUGCUUCGUGGGGCAUCAUAAAUGUGGUAAAAGCUACCUGGCUAGAAGAAUGUGAUCAAGUAAAAACAGAAGUUACUGUCUCCUCAAGGCACAUAGCUUCUGAGCUACUUCUUUUGAAAGAUACUUCAUGCUUCAGUAUGGACAUGCCUUCAGAUGUUCGUGAUACAAAGAGAAUGAAAAGCUCUGCUGGUGUUUCUCAUGUGCUGCAAGAUAAAAAUUUUCUAGUGGAACUAUCUUCGGAAAUAAAAGAAGGAAGAGAAAAAUCUCAAAAUGAGAUCAGCAGCACCAGUUUUGUGGAACUACUAUCCAAGUCUGAACAAUCAACUCAAUGUCAAGGAAUGAAAACUACUGACAAGGGCAAAUCUAAAGCACAAGCCAUUACUGGCACAAUGGAUGCAAGCAAUAGCGGAUCAUCAAAUAUUUUCAAGGGUAGAAAAUUCUGCUUCUCAACCUCAUUUCCUCGUGAUCGGAGGGCUCAGGUUCUUGAAUGGGUCAGCGAAGGUGGGGGAGUAACAUUGGAUGGUCAGCAAAGGGUCAAUGCUGAUUUCAUAAUUGAGUGUCAUGGUCUGUCCAGCAUUACCAAUGACAUUUCUCACUCUACUGUUGUUUCUACUCACUGGAUACGUUCUUGUUUAGAGGAGGGAUGCUUGCAGGAUGUUGGAAGUCACAUAAUCUACUCCCCAUUACAAUGCCGCAUUCCAUUACCUGGUUUUGAAGGACUGCGCUUCUGUGUGUCACAGUAUGAAGAAAAAGAAAGGCUUUUACUGAAGAACUUGUGUUUUACUCUAGGAGCUAAAUUCACUGAAAAGUUGACCAAGAAAGUGACUCAUUUAUUAUGUAAGUUCAUGAGUGGUCCAAAGUACGAGGCUUCCUGUAAGUGGGGAAUACCAUCAGUAACUGCUGAGUGGAUUACUGAGUGUGUCUCACAGGAUAUGAUUGUUGGUCUUGAUCAUUUUCGGCCAAAAGCAGUUACUGUUCAGGACAGAGAAGCAGGUUUAUGCACAAUGACUCAAUAUCCUACUCAGGCGGCUCAGAUGGUUUCUGGGUAUUGCAUUUCUGAGUUGCCCAGUCAACCCAAAGUACCAACGGACAGUUUAAAGCAGAACCCAGGCAAUCCAAAUGAUAGUCUUCGCAAAGAACCAAGAUAUCCAAGCACUUCUUUCAAGGGGCCAAGAUUGUCAGGGUGUGACAUCAUUAAUGAAACAUCAGGAAAAAAUAAAGAGGCUGGAAAACUCUUGGGAAGCUCAAAUACUGUUCCUGAUGUGGCAGAUGCCAUAGAGGACCUAUUAGCUCAGUCAACCAAGAUCCAGGACAUGAAAUCGCCAGGGAGGUCUGGUUGCGAAAGGAGUAUAUAUGCACCUGAUCAUUCUAUCGUCGGUCAAGAUCGUGAAAAUUCACACUCUACCUUUGGCAUUUCUCGAAAAUGGCUGGAUAGGGCUCAGAAACAAGAUACCACUCCUGAUACGGCGGGUCACAAUGGAAAUCCAAGCUCCUACGAUGCUUUCAGUGAGACACAAACAGAGUCUCAGGUGGUUGGAUAUGAAGAAGAUUUGUCAGGGAGGCAAAAGAUUAUUGAUAGAGUUCGCUCGCAAAGCUUCACUUUGACUCCCUCAAAUGAAAUGCCUUCAGGUGGUUAGAUAUCCACUACACAAAGAGGAUACCUACAUAUUUAGGCCGCAAAUGCCGAGCUGUUAACUUCAGCUCUCCGACUGUGCCAUCGAUAUUAUUUUGACGAGAAGCUGAGAAUUGUGGUUUAAGCGAAUGAAAUUCUCUCCCCCCCUCUCUGUCUAAAUUUUGGAGAAGUGUACCAGGCUCCGUGAGCAGCAUUUUGCCCUCUUGAUCAUGGAGCUGAAACAAAAUGUAUGCCUUCAAUGUGCUUUGAGCAAUUGAAGGCUCCAAGGCAGUGCGCUGCUGUAUUUCCUGAAACUCAAUUGUAAUCUCAAUCGUUUGUAAGGCUCACUAGGGAGCCACUCUUAAAAAUAUCAAUAUUUUUUUAAUAUAUGUUUUUAUUGUAAUAGCUUUUUGAAAA